CCAUCUCCGCCAUAAGCAGCGGAAGUUCCGUUGUGACCUGGGAUAGCAAGCGCACUCUUUCAGUGUAUGUGUGGCAACAACAUGUCUGUGCCGCUGCUCGCCGAGGCUGUGACCAUGUCUGGGACGGAGAAGGAGACUGCUGCGGUGAUCUUCCUUCAUGGUCUGGGUGAUACUGGGCAUGGAUGGGCUGAUGCCAUGACACCCAUGAGGCUGCCCUACGUAAAGUACAUCUAUCCACAUGCGCCCAGAAUCCCGGUUACACUCAAUAUGAAAAUGACCAUGCCCUCAUGGUUUGACCUGAUAGGCCUAACCCCAGAAGCUCCAGAGGACGAGGCUGGCAUUAAGAGAGCAGCAGAAAACAUUAAGGCCAUUAUUGAUCACGAGGCAAAAAAUGGUAUACCUCCUCAUCGUAUCCUCCUUGGCGGAUUCUCUCAGGGUGGAGCUCUCUCACUGUACACUGCUCUCACCUGUCAGCAUAAGCUCGCGGGUGUAGUCGCUCUAAGCUGUUGGUUACCACUUCAUAAGACCUUUCCACAGGCAGCGAGUGGCAGCGCAAACAAGGAUAUUCCCAUUCUGCAAUGUCAUGGUGAGAUGGACCCAAUGAUUCCAUCACAGUUUGGGGCCAUGACAGCCGAAAAGCUGAAGGCUAUUGUGUCCCCACAGAAAGUCACCUUCUGCACCUACCCAGGCCUCAUGCACAGCUCCUGCCCUCAGGAGCUGUCCGCCGUGAAGGAAUUCAUUGAGAAGCAGUUGCCCCGAAUCUGACCUUACUGUGACCCUUAGUCAAUGACCCCUCACCUCUGACCUGCCAUUCUCCCACAGGAAACAGCCAUAAACAUCCCCUAUACAUUCACACAUGCAAACAAAGGCAUACACGUCUCUCUGUACAAAAUGUGAAGAUGUUCCUACAUUGGGGCCUUCAUGCCUUGCUUUAUAAAUUCAUAUCUAGAGUUGGACAGUAAUUUUGAGAUUGUGUCAUUGUACAUGAUGUAAUGUUCAGUGCACACAGAUUCAUGGGCAACACAUUUACUCAGUAAUACCCCACCAUAUUUGGGAGAAUCGCUGCCUUUCAUUAAACAUUCCCAUUAACGCUGAAAUGUUAACCCAUUUCUCUGCACAUUUUUAGUCUCUCUUUUUCCCCUCCCUCCUUCUCGCACGUGCUUUAUGAUGAGAGCAUUGUUCUGCUACACUGUAACUGCUGCCGUCUGGAGUGACUCAUGACACACUGCACUGCAUGCUGCUCUCAGUCCAUGAUGGCAGGGAAAGAGGAGGAGCGCCGUGCUACCUCCUGGUGCUCUGGUUUACGCUGAAUAUUUUCUUUUGGGUUUGAUACAAUUGAAAUGAAACCUAAUGAAACUGCUGAAAUAAACCAAAUAAAUGAACAAUGUCAAUUUUCAA